AUGGCCCAACGUUCCCAUGUCCCUAAGUUUGGCGGCUGGGAUGACGAUAAUGUACCGUACACUGCCUAUUUUGAAAACGCACGCAAAGAGAAAUCCGGCGUGAGGAUGAACCCAAAUGAUCCUGAGGAGAAUCCAGAGGCUUUCAUGCAUGCCAGAGGAAGCAACAUGGAAGAUGAUGUUGAUUUCGCUUCCGGCUCCUACGAGGGAAUUACUGCCGAGAAACGCAACAGUGAGAGACUCAAAGGGCACAAUGCGCAUUGGAUAAGCCCUUCGGAUCAUCAAAACCUCAGAAGCAUCGCAUCAGAAUCAGGAAGUGAGAAAAGUAAUUCUGACCAUUCACUGUUGCAGGCUAAGAAGACUGGUUUGGCUGCUGAGGGAAAUAAAGCCUUGACUUCAUCAAGACAUUCUAGACUGAGAAGUGGAAGUACUCAUCCAUCUGAUCAUGAUGGUGAGCUGGACUUGGCACAGGCUAGGGAGGACUUUUGCUCUAUCGAGGAUAAUGCCCUUACGCUUCAAAUCUUCAACCUUCAAACAUUUACAGAAGAUUUACAGCAACUAGCAUCAGGUGAUGAGACGCCACCAGACAAGAAUGGGGCACAGUUGAGCAAUCCAGGCAAGCCUGUCAUGGCCACCAAAGCGAAGAAGCAAAGCACAGGCCGCCAAAAGAUUGAGAUAAAGAAAAUAACAAACAAAAGCUCCCUAGAAGUUACUUUCACAAAGCGUCGCAGUGGUCUUUUUAACAAGGCCAGUGAGCUGUGUGUCCUGACCGGAGCCGAGGCAGCAGUUGUUGUAUUCUCUCCGGGAAAGAAGGCCUUCGUUUUUGGUUAUCCCUCAGUCGACGCCGUUAUAGACCGCUACAUAAGGGAAAAUACAAACGAGGGAAGAUCAGUGAAUACAAGUACUGCUAGCCGAUGUGAUCGAGUGGUUCAGGAGAGCAGGGAGCAAUAUGUGGAGGCUCUUGCAAAGAAGGAGGAGGCAAAGAAGCGAGUGGAGAUGAUGAUGAAAGAAGGCGGGAAAGUUGGGUUUGGAUUGGAUAGGUUUUGGUGGGAUCUAAGCAUAGAAGAGAUGGGAUUGGAGGAGCUUGAGCAGUAUGUGGCUUCAAUGGAAGAGCUUAAAAAGAAUGUUGGUAUUAGGGUUGAUGAGUUGGAGAAGGCAAGCAACUCUCCUUCCAAAUUCUUCGCUUUGGAUUCUGGGCUCAAUGCGAUUCAUAGAUUUGGUGCAGAUGAAGGGAGAGGAGAAAUGGAGAUAGGAAAAACUGGAAUGAGUUCAUACUCAAAAGAGCAGCAGCAGAUCUACAAAGAAUGGUUCGAUUUAGCCGAUUCAGAUGGAGAUGGGCGUAUCACUGGAAAUGAUGCUACCAAGUUUUUCUCUAUGUCCAAUCUUUCUCGACAAGAACUCAAGCAAAUUUGGGCACUUGCGGAUUCUAAACGACAAGGGUUUUUAGGGUUUACAGAGUUCGUUACUGCUAUGCAGCUUGUUUCUCUGGCGCAAGCAGGGCAUGAAGUAACAUCAGAGACUAUUAAAACCGCAUCUAACAUGGAGGAUAUCAAGCUGCCAUCAUUGGAAGGCAUUGAUGCCUUACUAGUGAUGCCGCUCAAUGCAGUUACAUCCAUUAUAGAUGGCUUGAAAAGAUUGUAUACAGAAAAGCUGAAGCCAUUGGAAGUUGCAUAUCGUUUUAAUGAUUUUGUUUCCCCUGUAUUGAUGAACAGUGAUUUUGAUGCCAGACCUAUGGUUAUGCUUUUGGGUCAGUAUUCCACUGGGAAAACAACGUUCAUAAAACACUUGCUUAGAUGUAACUAUCCAGGAGCUCACAUUGGACCAGAGCCAACAACUGACAGAUUUGUUGUUGUAAUGUCUGGAUCUGAUGAAAGGAGCAUACCUGGGAACACUGUUGCUGUUCAGGCAGAUAUGCCAUUUAGUGGCCUAACAAGUUUUGGAGGAGCAUUCUUAUCAAAGUUUGAGUGUGCACAAAUGCCUCAUCCACUGCUAGAUGAAAUCACAAUUGUUGACACUCCUGGGGUUCUCUCUGGAGAAAAGCAACGAACACAAAGGAGUUAUGAUUUUACUGGUGUUAUAUCAUGGUUUGCAGCAAAAUGUGAUCUGAUUCUUCUUUUGUUUGAUCCUCAUAAACUUGAUAUUAGUGAUGAGUUUAAACGAGUAAUUGCAUCUUUAAGAGGCAAUGAUGACAAGAUACGUGUUGUGUUGAACAAGGCUGAUCAAGUUGACACCCAACAGUUGAUGAGAGUUUACGGGGCGCUCAUGUGGUCACUUGGAAAAGUUCUAAAUACCCCUGAAGUUUCGCGUGUUUAUAUUGGCUCAUUCAAUGACAAACCUAUUAAUGCAGAAACUGCCAGCCCAAUGUUCUGUGAUCUUUUUGAAAAAGAACAGAAUGACCUUCUCAUGGACUUGGUUGAUAUUCCUAAAAAAGCUUGUGAUCGUCGGAUUAAUGAGUUUGUAAAGCGUGCUAGAGCUGCCAAGAUCCAUGCCUACAUAAUUAGCCAUCUUAAGAAGGAGAUGCCUGCUAUAAUGGGCAAGGCUAAGACUCAACAACGGCUUAUCGAUAAUCUUGAAGAUGAAUUUGCAAAGGUCCAGAGGGAGUUUCAUUUACCAGCUGGAGAUUUUCCAAAUGUGGAACACUUCAAGGAAGUCUUGAAUGGUUACAACAUUGACAAAUUUGAGAAACUGAAGCCUAAGAUGAUACAAGCUGUUGAUGAUAUGCUUGGCUAUGAAAUCCCAGAGCUCUUGAAAGGUUUUAGGAAUCCUUAUGCAUAA